GACCGUGACUAUUUUCGAUUUUUGCAACGACUUAUCAACGUGAAUGUUGACAUUAUUGAAGCAAGAUCAAGGGUGGGGAUGACGACCACUAGAUGCAGUGAAGACCAAUUAGAGGGAGGGGCAGGGGCUCGUGGACGUGCGGACUUGAGUGCAAAGAGGGGGGAUGGGGGUCUUUCUGUGGAGGUAUAUACAAAUGAGUUAGCGAGGUUAAGUAUGACUCUGGCCACAGAGUUUUUAAUGCGAGUAUUGCUACACACGCACAGUAGCGUGAGGGAAGAGCUCCAUCUGUGGAAGAAAAUGAUUGCUAGGCUGCUGGAUGGCAGUCCUACUGCAUGCAAAUGUUUUCUGGAAACACUAGUGGAGAGGCCUAAUUGGUUGCGGCAAUACUUGCUUAAGUGCCACGUGGACGAUGUGCGGCAGACAUUUGUGGCAAUGCUGGUCCAUGCGUUGAGGUGCUGUGUGCAUUUCCUGAGGGGAUCUUCGUGCCUUGUUGAUGCGGCGGGACGUAGACAAGAUAUCCUACGGGUGGAUGCAAUGAUCGAUGCACUUGUGAGUUUGCUUCCAGAAGCAAGUGGUGCGAAGACAUUUGUGUCACAGUAUUUCUUGGUAUUCCUGGAGUAUGCACGGCUGGGUCCAAGUCAAAGGUUACAUUUGCUGCAGAAAGGCCUGGUUGGGCAACUGAUUGCUGUGGCCAGCCAUAUCCCACUGGCGAGCAAGGUGGAUCUGACAUUUCUACAUUCGACAAUCUCGCUGCUUGUUCGUGGUUGCGACAUCUCAAGGUUUUGUGAAGAUACGAGUUUAGAAGGGAUGCUCUGUGAGGAGGACGAAGAUCAAGAAAUGGAGGUUGUGAAUGCGGACAAGGGGGUGGGAUCAUCGCCUGGGAAUGAAACUGCCUCUUCAUCUGUGGCAACAAAGCACACAUCAAAAGGUCGCCGAGGGGCUGCUGGAGCAGGCGGCGAGGCAGGCACAAGUAGUGCCAUUCCAAAUCCGUUACAGCUACCUCCUCCCCUGGCAGUGUUACCGGAUGAUGCAGCAGAGGCUUUGUUCAUGCGCCGGAUAUAUGUGCAGAUAAUUGUCGAAACAUGCCCGGAGCUGGAUGAUGCUGUGAAGUUGCUAGAGUACUGCAGCUGGCAAAAUGAGAGGUUCUCCUGGGUGGUGUUGAGUGAUGUGAUGGAAGUUCUUCAGAGGGCAGCUACAAGUGAGGCACGCCCCCUCCUCGCUCUUCUAUUGCAGCUUCUGCAGCUUAACGAUUCGUAUCAGAUGCAUCGCCAGGAGGCCGUCCUUUCUGGCAUGGAUGGCAUCUGCUGUGGCAUCAUGGACAUGAUUGUGAGCAAGAAUCUAGCCCAACACAAACGGUAUGCUCUUCUGAAGUUCGUCGUUAAGCUUGAAGGCACCAGCCCCUCUGUGCGCCAGCUUGUUAUUGGUCGGAAGACGGAGUGGAAGCGCGCUGUGGACUGGCUGCAGAACGAAAUUCUCACGAAUGGUGCUCCGAGCCCAAUGAGCACACCCCCUCUCUCCAAUGAAGAAAUGACCAGUGGGUACCUGAUGAGGACAAGCACUGCCGAAUGGACACUAGACCGGGCAAGGAACGUUCUGAGCCCGUAGAGCCCACAGUGUGUUCCAGUCCGUGACAAUUUUUACGUUUGUAUACUGUCAUGUGGUGCGCUCUUCUUCUGAAUCAGAGCGAUCUGAUGGUGAUCCUUUGGUGAGGAGAAGGAUGUGUGUGUGUGUGUGUUGUCGAAGGGUGAUAUCAUGUGUUGUUGAUUUGGCAUAAUGCCAUUGCAUUUCAUUUGCUGGCCGGCAGCAUGAAAGGCUGGCAUAUCAUUGUUGAAGCCACCAGAAGCUGCAUGUGGUGUGCAAACGACUUCCGCGUUACUCACCAAGUGCCCUCCUGCUUUGGACCAUGUUGUCGACCCCUCAAACCUCUUCCUCCCAAUGUCGUCUCUGCGCCUAUUCGCCUCCUUACGGGAUGUUGCGGUCCUUGAGGCUGGGUUUGGAUCCCAACAUGAUAGGGGACUGUUGCUGGACCUUUCUUUCUGAACGAAAAAAAAAAAAGCCUCUUCUUUGGCCAAUGGUUGCCAUUCUAGCAUGCCUCCAUGAGGGGCAGACGAGAGUGUGACGCUGGCCUCCUGCACAUUGCUCGGAUGCGACCAUGGGAAGAAACAAUUGCGUUGGUCGACACAGUCGCUCUUUGAGAAGGAGAUUAUUAGUGUCUAUUGUUUGAGAGCUUGCUCCCGUCUGCAUCAAAAGACCAGUUGUGGGCAUAUCCCCACACGACCUUGCCUCCCUGACUAGCAAUAAGGAACCAACAAUGUGAACCUGACGGAUGGGUGAGUUGAUGUUUGUUUGCCACAGAGAUGGAUAGACUAAUUGUGCAAUAACUGACAAUAGUAGUGUGACCGGCCCAACAAGUCGAGACAAGGCCACCUGUGUUAUCUUAAGAGGUAUGGUUUUGCCUUCCUCGGGAUGCAUAGAGGAGAGAGAAUGCAGUGGCAGCAGAUCUCUUCAAGCGGCGAUUAUGUUUACCCACGAGGGAAAAGUAAGGUCUUCUCCGUUGGCUCUGGCUUGAGGGACUACCAGUCUCCAGAGUGGGACCGGGUCUGGAAUCUGCUCGACCUCGUAUGAGGGAGGACGAAGGCAAUCUUCAGUGUGAGAUUGUCGACAAUGUGUGGCCAUCCUAUUUGCAGAAGCCUUUGUUGAUUGACUGACUGACUAACUGUGCACCGUCCCUAUCUUUUCCAUCUAACGACAUUCACACACACACACACACACACACACACACACACACAGAGAGAAGCUUUCAAACGUUUGCGUAAGUGGCUGAGAACCUUGACAUCAGGCUGUCAGAAGUUGCAGGGUUGACUAGAGGACCUGGAUAUCUUUACUUGGUUAUGUUUGCGGACGAUGAGGCAUCACGUGUAUGUAUAAGGAUGAUGGGAGUCGAGGAGAAGAGAGGGAAGAGUCUUGCCAGGAGGGCAGCAGCUAGGUUGGCGGGCUGACCAGUGACCACCGUAGAUCGCAGGGAAGGGUCUGAUAUGAUGAGUGGUUCUGCCUCCUACCUCGACUGUGGUUAUAAUUAGUGAGAGGAGGGGAUAUCAUGGGUGGGUGUAUGGGAAAAUUUUUAUUUCGAUGCGCCACACGGCGGCUAAUAAUCCUUUCGUCAACGAAGGAAGGGUGAUACCAUUGUGUCCAUGACAAAAGAGGAGUGAAGUGUCGAGCAUGUUAUGAGCGAGAGGCAUAAUUAAUACCUGGAAAUCCAAUGGCUGCUGGAGUAGGAUUGUGUUGGAAAUCCGAUGGACAUCAGAAGGCAGUUGGAUGGAUCUCCUGCCAGGGGAAUACUCCAAGAAGUUAGCAUUCCCAUUCAAAAGGUUGCUGAGGUUGGUGGGAUUUCAGCACCCCGGUUGACUGCUGACUAAAAGCAAGUGUCAACAGACGAGAAGAGUAUUAGGAGGGGAGGAGGAUAAGGAGAGAGAAAGUAUACUUAACGCGUGUCAUGGCGAAGAUGGUGCUAGUGUACACGUGUCAUAGCAAAGAUGGCGCUUCCUCAUACGAAUUCAAGGAGUUACAUUGGUGCAGAAAGAUGAUGGGGCGGAAUUCUUUCAGCGGUCGGAUCAGAGAGUACUAGGAGUUUGGUUUUUAGUUAUUUUGUGAAGUGAUUUUGUUAAAUGUUGGUGUCAACAUUGUACCAUGAUUGGGAUUUAGGCUAGCAGUAUGUGAGAUGAGCGAGUCCAGGAGUCCGCGCGUGCCACUGUGUCUGCAUGUGUAGCUGGAGAAAUCUGCGGACAAAAGACGUAGGAGGCUGAGGUGCGAAAACAAGGAGGGUGUUGCAUGGCCUGCUUACCAGAAGAGAGAACGUAGCCAGGGGAGAAGGGGGGGGAGGUGCUGCGAAAGGGGGAAAUAGGGAGGGAGCGUCAUCAGCCAGCUCGUCCGGGAGGAAAGCACCUGAUAGAUUAUUCUAGCAAACAGUGAAGUCAGCAUACACUUUGGUUCACCAAUGGCAACAUCGUACACCGCUUAAGAGUGACGAAUUGCCAAUGACGUCAACAAACUACAUUGUGUUAGUUGCAUCACGUCACUCAGUUGCAUUCACUGUUUGGUGGGUUGUGGAUAAAAGGUUGCACAUCCUACGAGCGAGGACAAGGAAAAAUGACAGGAAUCAGCUUAGACUUUGGGAGUCCUUGUGAGGUAGAUGAGAGAGUGGUGUACUCUUUCCGCUGCCUGCUUGUGGAUGAACGCCCUGGGACCUUUGAUCUGGCGUUGACUCUUUGGCCCCAGAGAAGGCUCUCUCUCUCUCUCUCUCUCUCUCUCUCUCUCUCUCUCUCUCUCUCUCUCUCUCUCUCUCUCUCUCUCUCUCUCUCCCUCCCUCCCUGCUUCGAUGUUUCUACUGGGAAAUGUGCAGUUGUGGCACGCUUUUGCUCUUGUGCUUGCAUAGUAGCUCACAUAUUUUUGUAAGCAUUGUGUUGACACAAAGGGUCUUCAGUGGGUGACACAAACAAGCAUGGGGACCUUUCCAGCGGUGGAAUGGCCUCCUCAUUCCUCCACUGAUGUGCCUUGUUAUCAGUACGACUGAGUAUAUCCUACUGCUGACGAGAACUUGUGGGUAAAAUGUUCAGUGUGGGGGGUGAUUGGAAGCUGAUCACCUUAAUGGAGUUUAUCAUUGCAAUAAAUCCUUGUGUAUUGGCCAACUACAUUAGUGUUCUUUUGUUGGUGGCCCGCUGCCUUUGUUUCACGUCCAUUAUAAUGACCUCCCCUGCCCUUCUUUCACAUCCCGACAGUCUUCAUGUUUGAUUGGGGAUGCGUUGAUUUAUGUGCCUCACUCGGCAUUUAUGAAGCGUC